UGAAAACACAGGUGGUUUGUCAGCGUGAUGUGACAGACAACAGCUCAGGGCUCGCACACUAGCUGUCUCGUUCUUUGUUAUACUUUGUGAUGGAUAAUGAAGCUGACGUCUUCUAUCGUCAGCUGCCGAAAGUGGAGCUUCAUGCUCACCUCAACGGCUCUGUCAGCUCCCAGACCAUCGAGAAACUCAUCAAGCGAAAACCACAUCUCAACAUUGAGCACAGCAUGACUGCUAUCGGCAAAGGCCAGCGGAGGACGCUGGAUGAGUGUUUUCAGGUCUUCAAGGUCAUCCAUCAGCUGGUGGACACGGAGGAGGACAUCCUGAUGGUGACUACAGAUGUCAUCCGGGAGUUUGCAGCUGACUCUGUCAAAUAUUUAGAGCUCAGAAGUACACCAAGGGAGGAGAAACACACAGGAUUGACAAAAAAGGGAUAUAUUGAAACUGUCAUCAGAGCCAUCCAGCUGUGCAAAAAUGAGGGAUUGGACAUUGAUGUCAGGUUUCUCGUGGCAAUUGACCGCAGGAAUGGAGCAGAAGUUGCCAUGGAGACAGUGGCCCUGGCUGAGCAGUUCCUGUUGUCCUCUGAUGGUUUGGUGGUGGGACUCGACCUGAGUGGAGAUCCAACGGUGGGUGAUGGCAAAUCACUACUUCCAGCUUUAGAGAGGGCCAAGAACUGUGGACUGAAGCUGUCACUGCACCUUUCAGAAGUUCCAUCCCAGCUGGAGGAGUCAGAUUUGCUGUUGAAUCUUCCUCCAGACAGGAUCGGUCAUGGCACCUUCUUGCAUCCUGAAGUGGGUGGAUCUCAAAAUCUGGUCAACAAAGUGCUAAAGAACAACAUACCACUGGAGCUAUGCCUGACGUCAAAUGUUAAAGGACAAACUGUGCCAUGUUACUCCCAACAUCACUUCAACUACUGGUAUCAGCUCGGACAUCCAAGUGUAAUUUGUACUGAUGACAAGGGGGUCUUCUCUACAGAUUUGUCUCAGGAGUAUCAGCUGACAGCUUCCACAUUUGGGCUCAGUCAUGAAACCGUUUGGAAGCUCUCCCAGCAGGCCAUAGAUUGUAUCUUCGCACCACAGACAGUGAAGCAGCAGCUCAAACAGAAGUGGAUUGAGUUACAGCCUCAGGUGUUCCAGUAACCCGCUCAGUGGAGCCUAAAGCCAA